AAAUUUUUUUUAUAUCAUAUCCAAAAUUCGUUUUCGAGCAUCCAAAUGUACCCCUCCGGUCAUAAGCCCAUAACUAUAUAAUGCCAAUGAGCAUUUCAAAGAGUAUAGGGGCAUUUGAGUAAACUGAACCUGGUUCAUCAAUUAGGAUAAGAUUUGUUCUCUCAUUCACCACCCAUUUUAACAGAAGUUCACAAAGGAAAAGGAGCUCCAUAACAAUGGAGUCUUGCUCUUUCCAAAGAGCUCCCACAUUAAUCUGCCCAAAUACAUCAAAACCCAACACAAAACCCACUUCAAAACUCCCAUUUUAUACCUCAAAUAUCCAUCAAAAUCUCCUCUUUCUGUCCUCAAAACCCACCCAUCUUAAUGCAACUCUAAGAAAUCCAAACCCAAAAGGGUUUGGUGCCCCCCAAAAAAAGAGCAAAAAAAGCAAGAACCUUAAAAACUACAACAAUGAAGAAGAAGAUGAAGAUGAUGAUUAUGAAGAAGAAGAGGAAGAACAAGGAAUAAUUCCAGAGAUAGUGACAAACAGAAUGAUGAAUAGAAUGGCAUUUUCUGUUGGGAUACCUUUGUUUAUAGGAUUAGCAUUUUUUCCCUUUUUCUAUUACUUGAAAGUUGGAUUGAAAAUUGAUGUUCCAACUUGGGUACCUUUCAUUGUAUCCUUUAUCUUCUUUGGGACUGCCCUUUUAGGGGUUAGUUAUGGGAUUGUGUCCUCUAGUUGGGAUCCCAUGAGGGAAGGUUCUUUUUUAGGUUGGCAAGAGGCUCAAAAGAAUUGGCCUGUUUUUUGGCAAUCUCUUCGUGGUGGUGGUGGUUCUUCCAAGAAGUAAACCUACUAAUUAGUAGGUGUACAUUCGGAUAUCGUCAGAUUUUUGAAUCGUUUCAAUUUUACAUAAUACGUAUGAGUUGAUAUACUAAUACAAUUUCAUUAUUAUGCUACGGUUCAAUUUUGACCGUGUGGAACACCUCUACCAAUUAGUAAUUUACCAAUUCAUGUUUAGUUGAUAAAACUUGUUUACUUGGAAUGGCCAUGUUCUUUUUGUUGUAAAUGAAAUAGGUAUUCCUUCGCUUUUGGUUCAUUAUAUUGGAAUCUAUGAGAAAUUUAUAAUUUUGAAAA